AAGUUCUAUUAAAAAUUCUUCACAGAAAAAUAAUCCUUAUUUCAAUGCGUUAGAUAAACAUAAGGAAUCUAUUCACUCAAAAUUAUCAACGUUACUCAUAGAAAUUUCGAAUACAUUUACAGGAUAUAGAGAAGGUUUGUAUAAAUUAGUUAAUAGACACGAAGUGUCCUGCUUCGCAGACUUUCAUAAGUAUGUUUCUGAAAGUACAAUUUUGGAAGAAUAUAUAUUAACUGAUAUUUUAGAAUCCGAGUGUGAGAUACUAACAGAAUUCCGAAAUACGUGGUACAAAGCAAUUGGUCUUGAGAUUGCACGUCUUCAGGCACUAUCGAUUACGCAGAAUAGUAAAAAAGAUGUCUGA